AUGUGCGGAUGCAAUCCCAUCCUUAGAAAUGUCAGCAACGAGCAUGCGGAGAUCCGGGCGCCCAAGACACUUUUCAAGGUCUUAAUGUUCUUGCUCUGCAACGGGGUGGCGGCAGGAAGCGCAUGCGUGCUCGUCCUGAAGCUGGAUCUGCUGUCCUUCUGUGCACACAGUUGGGUCUACCUGCUGAUCCUGGUGGUCGCUGCCCUCCUCACGGUGCUCGCUGGCAUGAUUGGCCCGAAGCUCUACGGCAACCGCUCGACGAGGGACGCGUUGAGAGACAGCCUGGAGAAGAUACAGGUCCUGGCCAAGUUUCUCUUCCCUGUCGUCCUCUUCUACGGGGACUUGAUGAGUGACAUACUGAUGAUCUGGAAGUUCGCGAGCGAGGGGAAGAUGGCCUUCGCAGUUAUGAACACCUUGGCGAUCCUGGCUGGCUCCACUGCCUCCGUGGUGAAUUCUGUCCACGACGUCUCUCAGGAUAGCCUGCUCCUGAGCCUGAUGAUCUUUCUGCAGCUGACACCCUUGACGAUUGCGCUGCAGUCCAUCGGCCUCUUCUGUGCGGCCGUCAACUCCAGCCCAACCGAUCCCAGGUAUAAGUCCUUAGAGGGCUACCUGCGCGAUGAAGGCUGCCAGACGCUGCUGCAACGCGCCAUCGUGGGAGAGGCCUUUACGGAGUCACUUCUCAGCACCUUCCUGCAGACGUAUGCGCUCCUGCAGCAUUCUGUGAGCUGGAGCUCGUUGACGAUUGUGUCCCUGUUCUUCAGCGUGGGUUCGAUCGUCAAGUCCUUUGCCAAAGUGGACUUGAAAGGCCAUGUGUCCCGUGAGCUCAAAGGCCAGGGCAUUGUGGUAGGUUUGGCCGACUGGUCGUCAAUUCCCUUCAUCCUCGUGGUGCUCUACCGGCUGGCAGAGGUGACGAGCCAGGUGCUUUUCUUUCCGCUCUUUCAGCUGAUCAGAGACAGCCAUGGAGUGAUUUUUGGCCUGAGAUGCAGCGGGGUGAUUCUGUGGAUGAUGGACUUGGCUGUGCAAGCCGCUUUGGUAUAUUACGGCACAGGCAACAUCACGAAGCUACAAUGGGCAGUACCGAACACCAUUGGCGUCUACGAGCCCAUGUUGAUUGCAGGAUCUGGCGCGUUGCUUACCAUAUCCGCCAAGAUGCACGUGCUGACUCAUUUCCUGGAGCUUGUCCUGGCUACCGGCUUUGUAUGCUGCUUUUACAUGCAGCGCGUGAAUGUCGUUUGGGAGGAGCACUCCCGGAUACUCUGCUGCUUUGCGAUGAGCAAUCUGGCGAAGUACGUGCUCUUUGCCUUCGUCAGGAAGUUCUGCGCAUACCAGCCCGAACGCCCGGAGGAGUUUCCCAUCCAGAAGAUCUUGAAGAACGAUGCCUCUGCUUCAGCGGACCUCGCUGACAAGCGUGCGCCAUUGGAAGUUGCAAUGUCGACAGCCCUGAGUGUAUAUGGGGCUGAUCCACAGAAGCUUUUCGAUGCCAUGAAGGACGACUCUACUGACAUUCGCAAGUACUACGCGGGCGAGGUCUGUCACUUGGUCAGUAGGCUGGCGCAAGGCAAAGACAUUAAGAAGAAGGAGUCGCUCAUGGAUCAGGGUGCGGGUGACUCAGUCCUGGCGGCCAUCGACAUGCAUCUCGAGGACGAUGAAUCCGACGACUGCCCUGUUUUGCGGGGUGCGUGCCGGGCUCUCAUGAAUCUGACAACCGGGAGUGCGAAGAACAAGCAGUUCUUUGCCGAGAAGGGGCCUGGAAUGAUGCUGAAUUGUAUGCUGAAGGAUAGCAGCAUUCGGGCAAAGCUGGUGCAGCAAGACAUCCUCGGCCCAGUCGUAAGCAACCUGAAGGCACAUGGCGAUGACAACCUUCUGCAGACGGCCACCUGUGGCGACAGCCAUCUCCGGGAGAAGUUGGUGCAGCAUCACCAUCCUUGUACAAAUGAGGUCCUCGCCAGCAUGCGCAAGCAUCCCGAUGACAUGGACGUCCAACGCAACGCAUGCUCCGCACUCCGCAACUUGGCGCCAGCCUCGGAUCGCGAAACCCAGCUGCAGCUCUUGGCCAUGGGCGUGCGGGAGGACAUUCGAAAGGCCAUGGAUCACCAUGCCAGUCAGCCUUCUGUCGUCUACGAAGCUCAGCCGCAGAAGAGCAAAGAGUGGCCUGUCAAAGAGUGGCCUGUCUUCGAAACACCUCGGGCCGAUUGA